AGCAUAGCUGUCAAAUGCUCCCUUUUUUUAAGGGAAAUUCCCUUAUGCUGAAUAGGCUUCCUCGCGAGAAAAGGGAAAGCUUGACAGCUAUGGCUCAGAGUCGCCCGUUGCGCAAUGAGCCUCCGGGCUCAGCUCCAGCCAAGAAGCCCUGCCCAGAGCGGAGUCCCCGCCCACCCUCCUCCUAGCCGGCCGGCACCUGCCGGGAGAGCCGAGGAGGGAAGCCGAGCCGGGUCGAGCAGGAUGCCAGACGGAGCCCCGCAGCCUCAGCAGCCACCGCGCCGCCAGCUUCAAGGCCGGGUCUUGAUCCUGACGGUCUGUGCUGCUGGAAUUGGGGGCACAUUCCAAUAUGGAUACAACCUCACCAUCAUCAAUGCCCCAACCACAUACAUCCAGAGCUUCACAAAUGAGACGUGGCUGGAGCGGACGGGCAGCCCUCUGGACGGGAAGGUGAUCACCCUGAUCUGGUCCUUUGUGGUCUCCAUCUAUCCUUUGGGGGGGCUCGUGGGAGCCCUCCUCGCGGGCCCCAUGGCCAUUAAGCUGGGAAGGAAGAAAUCUUUGCUGCUGAACAACUUGUUUGUGGUCUUGGCUGCGGUGUUGGUGGGAUUCAGCCAAAUGGCCAGAUCCUUUGAAAUGAUCUUGCUGAGCCGAUUUCUUGCAGGAAUCAAUUCUGGUGUGGGCAUGAACAUCCAGCCCAUGUACCUGGGAGAAAGCGCCCCAAAAGAGCUCCGUGGAGCCGUAGCCCUGACGUCUGCAUCCUUCACGGCCCUGGGGUUGGUGAUGGGACAGGUGGUUGGACUGAGAGAAAUUUUAGGAGCAGAGGAAAACUGGCCUCUCCUCCUGGCCAGCAACGCAGUGCCUGCUCUAAUCCAGCUGGUCUUGCUGCCCUGGGCCCCAGAAAGCCCCCGGUACCUAUUGAUCGACCGAGGAGAUGAGGAAUCUUGCAUCUGUGCUUUGCAGAAGCUGCGGGGCAGCGACGACCUGGGCGGGGAGAUGAAGGAGCUGCUGGCCGAGCAGGCGGCCCUCCAAGGGAUGACAGCCAAGGCCCCCUGGGAGCUCUUCAGGGAUCCAGCCGUACGGUGGCAGCUCAUCACCGUCAUCUUCCUCACCAGCGCCAUGCAGCUCUGUGGCAACGACUCCAUGUACUCCUACGCCUCCAACGUUUUCCAAGAGGCCGGGAUCCCUUACGACAAGAUCCAGUACAGCAUAAUCGGCACGGGCAGCUGCGAGCUGAUCACCGCCAUGACUUGUAAUCUGAUCAUUGAGCAUGUCGGGCGAAGGAAGCUGGUGAUGGGCGGAUACAGUCUCAUGUCUGUGUGGGCCAUUGUCUUCAUGGUGGCCCUGUCUCUGCAGGAUCAAUACAGCUGGAUGCCUUACCUUAGCAUGUCCUGCAUCUUUGCCUACAUCCUGAGCUUUGGAAUUGGUCCAGCUGGCGUGACGGUGAUUAUGCCCAUGGAGAUUUUCGACCAGGUAUCUCGCCCGGCUGCCUGCAUGAUCUGUGGUGCUCUGCUGUGGGCCAACUUGUUCCUGGUGGGCAUGGUGUUUCCUUUCCUUGUGGAAGGCCUUGGCCAUUACUGCUACGUCCCCUUCUUCAUCGUCUGCGUCUCUGCUGCCCUCUAUGUCGCUUUCUUCCUCCCCGAGACAAAAGGGAAAUCCUUUCUGGAAAUCUCGGCGGAAUUCAACAAGCGGAACUUCAAAGUGCAGACUCAUGAGGAGUCCAGGAGACUUUCCGAGGAAACAAAGUCCACCAUGUUGUAGCCCCCAAAGGAUGGAGGAGAACGACAGGGACACAGGGAGGGAAAGUUGGCUUUGUGCCACCAGGCAGAUCUAUCCCUACACACACACACACACACACACACACACACACACACACACACACACACUCCAAAUUCCCAGUACGGGGUAAAAGGCAGCUUAGAGUGGGGGGUGAUUGGCAUGGAACCUUUCCUCUGUUUCUCAAACACUGAUUUGUGCGUAAAAGGUCCUGUAUGGAAAUGUCCGCUCCCAAGAUUUUUAGUGGGUUUUCAGUUUUAGAACGGCUUUUUACAUUGUAUAAGAAAUAAUGCCCGGAGUCCGGAAUUUGAACCCUAAAAUGUCGUUUCUGACCAUCAGCUGCCAGGCUUGGUCAGUUAGGGGGAGCAAUGCACUAUUCCAGGGUGUUGCUUUGGGGACCAUUUUCUAAACGUGAAAUUGAUUCACGAGGAAGGAAAACCCACCUGCGCUUUAAUCGAUGCCCAAAUGUGUUGAUAACCGAAUGUAUUGAGAAGUUUUGUUUAGGAGAAACCUACAACCCGCCCACACACACCCCGACCUAUGAAUGGGUUGCCUUUUUAACAUGGGUUAACAUGGUUGGGGCAUCUUUUUUUUGAUGGAAAGUGUGUUAAAAUAUAGAAACUAUUCCACAAUCCCUGAUAGAGAUCCUUCUGAGAAAAGUCCUGGCUACUUCACUCAGAGUUUAAAAAGUGAAUUAAUACGGAACCUUGAAAGAACUUCCACCGUGCGCUGGAUUAUUUUUUAAGCGAUCGUGGCAGAUUUCCCUCCUUUGAGUUUGCUUGAGCUACUUUGCCAGUGCCCCCCACCCCACCCCCGAGCUUUGCCAAGGGACUGGGGGGGGGGAGCUACUUUAUUUUCUCUUUCUAGAAAUUUCCCUGUUGUGCCCUGAUAGAUGUUACAUGGGCUGGAUCCUCCUGCUGGUUGGACAGGCCUAUCUUGCUUUAACUGCGUCCUCAAGUUCUCUGAGCGGUAGCCGUGCCUGUAGUGCUCCCAUGUGGCCACUUAGAAUAAUUUCUCCUCCUCAAUUCACUCAGAGCAGUAACUACCUCAAAUAACUCUUGCUUGUGCCUCCUCUGCCUUCAGAUUUCCUUUCCUUUCAUUGCUAGAUUUGUUGGGUUUUUAUAUACGAGCCACCCAACCUUUUCUCUGUUUUAUGGUACAAAACGACCUUUGAUGAUUCCUCGACUUUUGAUUUUGAUGUCAGUCCCACAAUUGCACUGAGCUCCAGUUGGAGAACAGCCUUUACCAAAGGUGCCAUGGGCUUUGAAGAGACUCGAUCUCAGGACGCAAGGGAGAAACGUGCUAAGAGGAAGGCACGCUUGGCAAAUCCACACCGUGAUCAACUCCCGCCCGGGAACCAAUGUCCCCACUGUGGAAGGACGUGUGGAUCCAGAAUUGGCCUCCACAGUCACUUACGGACCCAUUGUUAAAACUGUGUUUAUGGAAGACAAUCUUAUUACUCGGAUACGAGUGAUCGCCAAAGACAGAAAGAGAGAACCAGAAGAACCUUGAUGUACACAUUUUUUGCAAAGCCAUUUUAUCUUAUUAUACAGGUGAAACUGGGAAAAUUGGAAUAUCGUCGAAAAGUGCAUUUAUUUCAGUAGUGCAACUUAUUUUUUAUUUUUAUUUUAAUUUCUACAAAUGCUUGCUUUUGGACAUUCCACAGUAAUAAAACAUUUACUAUAAUACAAAAAUAAGCAUUGCUAUUAAAUUUCAUUAAUUACAUUCCAUUUAUAAUUGACUCGCCUAGUAACAAAUAAUUACAAUGACAACAAAUAAAGGCUUGACACAUCUUGCUUUGCAUGUCAUGCAUCUCUCUCAUAUACUGGUUUCACCUUUUAAGUUGCAUUACUGAAAUAAAUGCGCUUUUCGAUGAUAUUCUAAUUUCCCGAGUUUCACCUGUAUCUCUGUAGCUGUUAGUUUUCUUGACGAUGUGCUUUAAAGACUGGCGGACUGAGCGGAGAUGUUCCUCUUUUAGCUGCCAUGACGGUGACAACAUGAUCUCUUUCUUUCUCCAGCUUCUUCUCGGGGUAGUCAUGCGACCAGUGUUUCUUCUCCCCCCCCCCUUUGGCUCUCACUCUUUUACUGCUCCUUCUGCUGUUUCCCAGCAGGUGUUAAAAUCUUGUCCCGCCUUUCAAAGGCUGCAGCAUUUUCAUUCGACAAGUCCCAUGUCAGGACAAUCCUAUACCCUGUUUCUCCAAAAAUGUAAGACGUAGCCAUAAAAUAAGCCAUAGCAGGAUUUUUAAGUAUUCAAUGAAUAUAAGCCAUACCCUGAAAAUAAGACAUAGUGAUAGGCACAGCAGCAAUGCCGGCCGUGGCAGGAGGAGGAAAAAAAUAAGACAUCACCUGAAAAUAAGCCAUAGGGUGGUUUUUUGAGGAAAAAUAAAUAUAAGACUGUGUCUUAUUUUCGGAGAAACAUGGUAGCUAGAAUCACAGAAUGGUAGGAGUUGCAAGAGAUCACAGCAGUCAUUCAGUCCAACCCCCCUGCAAUGCAAGAAUCUCAGCUAAAGCAUCCAUGGCAGAUGGUCAUCCAACCUCUGCUUAAAAACCUCCAAGGAAGGAGAGUCCACCACCUCUCGUGGAAGUCUGUUCCACUGCCCAACAGCUCUUACAGUCAGAAAGUUUUUCCAAAUGUUUACUCGGAAUCUCCUUUCUUGCAACGUGAAGCCAUUGGUUUGAGUCCUACCCUCCAGAGCAGGAGAAAACAGGCUUGUUCCCUCUUCCAUGUGACAGCCCUUGAGAUAUUUGAAGAUGGCUAUCUUAUAUAUAUGCAGAUCAUAUAUAUAUGCAGAUGGUGACAGCAGUCACGAAAUUAAAAGACGCCUGCUUCUUGGGAGAAAAGCAAUGACAAACCUAGACAGCAUCUUAAAAAGCAGACACAUCACCUUGCCGACAAAGGUCCAUAUAGUUAAAGCUAUGGUUUUCCCAGUAGUGAUGUAUGGAAGUGAGAGCUGGACCAUAAAGAAGGCUGAUCGCCGAAGAAUUGAUGCUUUUGAAUUAUGGUGCUGGAGGAGACUCUUGAGAGUCCCAUGGACUGCUAGAAGAUCAAACCUAUCCAUUCUUAAGGAAAUCAGCCCUGAGUGCUCCCUGGAAGGACAGAUCGUGAAGCUGAGGCUCCAAUACUUUGGCCACCUCAUGAGAAGAGAAGAAUCCUUGGAAAAGACCCUGAUGUUGGGAAAGAUGGAGGGCACUAGGAGAAGGGGACGACAGAGGACAAGAUGGUUGGACAGUGUUCUCGAAGCUACGAACAUGAGUUUGACCAAACUGUGGGAGGCAGUGCAAGACAGGAGUGCCUGGCGUGCUAUGGUCCAUGGGGUCACGAAGAGUCGGACACGACUAAACGACUAAACAACAACAACAAAAUCAUAUCUCCUCUUAGUCUCGUCUUUUCCAGGCUCCAACAUACCCAACUCCUUCAACCGUUCCUCAUAAGGCUUGGUUUCCUUAUGAGCUACUGACUGUACAAUGCACAUUAUAGUCUGAAAUGCCGGAACGGUCCCUAUUCCCAUUGGAUCCCAUUGGAUUCAAGCAUUACUGAGGUAGCUUCAGAGAUCCUACCACAGUAAGGUACCCACCACCGUGCACCAGUAGGGCUGGAGGUGGGGAGAAACUCUGCUCCAAACAAGGCCAGGGGAGGGUGGGGGUGGUAAUCAUGGCUCCCUGCCUCAGAAUUCUCUGAGAAAGUGCCUUGUGGGCCAUGGAAUCAUAGAACUGUAAAGUUGGAAGGGACCACAAGGGUCGUCUGGUCCAACCCCCCUGUAAUUCAUGAAUCUUUUGCCCAAUGUGGGACUUGAACCCACAACCCUAUGAUAAAGAGUUUCAUGCUCUGCUGACUGAGCUUGGACUGCUUUCAUCGCCCCCCUCUCCUACUGAUGUCUCCGAUCCCGGAUUUCAGGAUCCAGGUGGGAGUGGGGUUUGUUGGAAUGAUGGGAGACAGCUAUCUUUGCACACCAAGUGGAGGCUCAUUGUCUUAUCGAACGCCUUUUCCUGCCACAGGGCAUCCUCGUCUGCAUGUUUGCUGCAUCCUUAGCAAGGCAGCUGCCUUUCCCAAACCUGCUCUGCUUACGGGGCCACGCCAAAGAAAAAUCACAGAAGCAGCAAUAAACACUGUAGAGAUUAGAGCUUUUGCGAAACACAAACAUGAAAAAGUGUUGGUUUCAUUAUGUGUGUGAAGGAAAUAAUGAAAUCCUAGCAAGACA